CAAACGCGAGUAGCGAUGUACCACCUUUUUCUUAUGUUAUAGGAAAUGUUUCGUGUACCAUCAAUAACCUCGACAGUGAAAAACUUGCUAGAAAUUAUAGUUUUCUGACAAACAGUAUUGAAGAACUCAUCUUUAUCAAUGCUUCUAUGGAUCAGCUGGACUUGACGGUUCCAUUAUCAAAAAUCGAUCCAUGGAAGGUUUUGAUAAAAAAUUCCAAUAUGAAACAAAUAGUUUUCCCCAGUCAAAUGAAGCCUAGUGUAGUCAAAUUAAACAACGUUGAUGUUAGUGACAUAUAUUUUAAGGAAAACAAUCACCUACAAGAUUUCCGCGCUGAUAACACCUCACUGACGCAGGUGCCGACAUCAGUGGUAUCCUUACAUACGUUGGAUAUACUGUGGCUCACCCACUCACCAAUAUUAACAUUUAGCUUUGACUUGCUUGAAAAUUCAUCUUUAUCAUUGCUAUACCUGGUUGCCAACAGGAUAGAAUCUUUGACAAUAAGUCCGAAUGUUAUAUGUUGUACAAAAUUGGAAGAAAUAUUCUUGUCUGGUAAUCAGUUGAAACAUCUCGAUUUUGGUAUAUUUUCACUUAUGGUUUCCUUAAAAUCGAUUUUCGUUGAGGACAAUCAAUUAAAUUUAGUAAACGCUAUCAACAUCUCUGUUCACCAAAACGAAAAUCGAUUAACAAAAAUGCUAGAAGAUAAAUUUUGCUCAUGGUAUCGCUUAUAUUACAAUCAAGUUCAAAACGAAUCGUUUUUAAUCCAUUCUCAUUCACUAAACUGUACUGACUUUUACGCGACACUCAUUUCUAUUCAUUUAGCAAGGAACAACAUUGAUAAAAUCGAUUUCAGCACUUUUAGUCUUAUGAACAAUCUCAACUCUAUCGAUUUAUCAAACAAUAUGCUGUCGGCUUUGAUGAGUUCAGGCGAUAAAGUGCCUUUAAGAUUAAGUGAGCUGUUUGUUUCCAAUAACAAUAUCAGUAGAGUAUUUUUGAAGUCGCUUCCCAGUUUGAAAGCAUUAUACCUCCACGAUAACAAUAUUAUGCAGUUAAACAUGAGUACCUUACCGCAUGAUUUAGACUACUUGAAUCUGAUCAAUAAUCCCCUCGAUUGCGAAGAACUUCCACAUAUGAACAGAAGCGUGAAUCUUCCAACAGUUGGUCCCUACACAGAAUGCUAGUAUUAGAGUAUUGGCAGCUUUAUAUCGAAAUAAUAAACAACAUUGGAAAUACUAAC